CAAUAAAUUCUAUUUAAAAAACAAAUUUGUUUCUUUUAUUUUUUUAUUUAUAUUGUUGUAAUAAUAUUAUUUAAAUAAUUUUAUAGUUUUCUAUACUUAUUUUAUUUAUUUAUUUAUUUAUUUGUGUUUUUAUUAUUUGUAUACAUUAUUUAUAAUUUGAUUUGUAAAAAAAAAAAAAAAGUUUAAAUAAAAAAAAAAAAAAAAAAAAAAAUAACCAACUAACAAUAAAUAAUAAAUAAUAAAAAUGGAAAUCAUAUCAAAAAAGACUUUCACAUUUUUAUUUUUUAUUAUAUUUAUAUCAAUUGUAUAUGGCGCCAAUGAAAAAAGCAAAACACUUACACUCAGUGCACAGAUCUUUGAUCAAUUCCCAUAUUAUAAUGACAAUUUUGAACCAGAUAAUGGUGUCCUAACUCAAAAAAUCGUUAAAACAAUCUUACCAUCCUCCAAAAUCCCAGAACUAAAUAGUGAAUCAGCAAAUGUCAAUGUAAAUAAAAAUGGUAAAAUUAUAAAUCCAGCUUUAUUUAAAUACUUUUUUGAUAAAAACCCAGUUCCAUCAAAAGACGAAAGUAAUUAUGAUUUUUUCCCAGCUAAAAGCGGUUACAACUCCCCAGUUCCAUAUGAUUUGGUGUUAACUUUGGAUGAGAAAGGUAUUUACCAAUAUAACAAUCAAUAUUUCUUCCCAAUUGAUUACAAAGGUUUUGACGCUCUCAAUAAAUACAGAAUCUAUAAAAAUGAUUCAACUACCUACCACAACUUCCAUUUCUGCUUAAAGAUUAAUAGUAGAUUCACAUAUCAAGGUGGUGAAGUUUUUGAUUUUGUUGGUGAUGAUGAUGUCUGGGUAUAUAUCGAUAGUAAGUUAGUUGUCGAUCUCGGGGGUCUCCAUCAAAGAGAAUCAAAGAGCAUUCAAUUAGAUUCUUUAGGUUUGACAAUAAAUCAAAUUUAUCAAUUUGACUUUUUCUAUUGCGAAAGACAUACCACUCAAUCUACAAUUAAAAUAUCAAACUCAAUAGAAUUGUUCUGUCCAGUUACUGACUACUGUAAAGUAUGUAAUGGUGAUGGUUCAACAUGCUGUAACGAUCAUACAACUUGCAAUGAUAAUGAUCUAUGCACAAUUGAUAAGUGUCCUACUCCAGAUACCCCUGUUGAUCCAAGUCUCGGUUUAUCAUUUUAUUGUGACCACAUUCUUAUCGAUAAUCCACUCGAAGGUGAUAAAUGUAAUGAAAGAACAUGUAAGAAUGGUAACUGGAUUGUUACAAAUACCACAAAAUGUCAAGAUUUAUCAUCUCAAUGUAAAACAAGUGAAGGUUGCGAUUUCAGUCUUGGUUGUAAAUAUAGAACAAAUUGUGACCAAAUUUGUCAUACUAGCAAAUGUAACAAUGGUGUAUGUGUAGAAAAAACAAGUACCGACUGUAUUAAUGAAUUAGAUGGCGGUAAAGAGGAUAAGUGCUAUAAUUAUAUUUGUACAAGUAAAGGUUGUCAAAAAACUUAUAAAUGCGAUACCUCCAAUCCAUGUAAGGUUCCAUCGUGCAACCCAAGCGUAGGCGUAUGUAACUAUGCUGAAACAUCCGGUAACGAAUGUUGCAGUGAAAAGUGUACUGCUGAUAAAGUAAAUAAAUGUCAAAUAGGUGUUUGUGAUAAGGCAACUGGUGGAUGCUUCGGUCAAAACAAAACCGUUGAUGAUGGUAAUCUUUGUACCAUAGAUUCUUGCGAUCUUGCUACUGGUGAUGAAAUUCAUGUUCCAGUUGAAUGUACUGGUUGUAGCAUAUGUAGUCCAGCAACUGGCAAAUGUGCUCCAAACCACGAUCGUUGUGAUGAUGGAAACCAAUGCUCAACUGACACUUGUAUAAUUUCCCCAUCAAAACCUUCUCAUGGUGAAUGUUCAAUUACACCAUCAAAUCACUGCGAUCUCGGCGAUAAAUGUAAAUUAUAUACUUGCGAUAGUGUUAAAGGUUGUAAUUCUACAGAUCUCGUUUGUCCAGAUAAAGGAAAAUGUCAAGUUGGUUAUUGUGAUAAGAAAUUAGGUUGUCAACUUAAAAAGAGAGAAUGUAAUUCAACAGCCUUCUGUUUAGUAUCAGAAUGUGAUGAACAGUUUGGAUGUAUUACAUUCGAUAAGAGAUGUGCUGCCGGUAAUAGUAGAUGUCAAAGUGGUGUAUGUUACAAUGCUACUGAAACCGAACCAGGUAAAUGUGUUUCAGUAGAUUACGACCCACAACCAUUUAUUUGUAAAACUGCCGCUGUUGUAUCAACUGCUGUUGUAGCUGGUGUAGUUGUAGCUGGUGCUGUUGCUUUGGGUGCUGCUAUUUUUGCAGGUAAAAAAGGUUAUGACUAUUGGAAAGACUCACAAGCAACUAAAAUGAGUGCCUCAAAUUCAAAUCCAUUAUAUGAAGCCAAUCCAAAUGGUGGUGAAAAUCCUCUUUACGCUAAUCAAGGGUAAUAUUAAUUAAUCAAAUUCUAAUAUAAUAUACUUUUUUUUUAAAAAAAAAAAAAAAAAAAAAAAAACUCAAUAUAACAAUUUUUAACUAUUAAACCAAUUUAUAAUUAUAUAUAUAUAUUUAUUUAAAAAUCUUAAUAAAAUUUUAAAAAUUUUAAAAAUAAUC